ACUUCACAAUCCUCAUCGCCAACCCUCUCUCUCUCCUCCUUCUCUCUCUGUCUCCUAGCUCUCUCUCUCUCUCUCUGGAUCACAAUGGUCCCAAACAAGAGUUCUACUUCAUCAGUGGAUGUUGGGUUGAGAAUUCUUAUACAGAUUUCACAAGGCAAAUCCAAAUCCAACUUUGUUGUUAAACCUAAAUUUAAUCUAAAAAAACCCACCUUCCUAACGACGAAUCGUGUCGAUCCAACUUGCUUUCUCAAAUCAUGUCAUCUAUGCAACAAGAAGUUGAGCCUUGACAAAGAUGUGUACAUGUACAAAGGUGAUCAAGGAUUUUGCAGUGUGGAGUGCAGAGAAAGGCAAAUAUAUAUGGAUGAAAUGAAAGAACUAGAAGGAUCCACCAAGAAAAUGGUUGCAUCUUUCAGGGAAAGUUGUCGGCGGUGUGAGACUGGUGCCCUCUUGGAACAAUUCCGGCAGCGGCCUAAGUCAUUGUCUUCUCCAAAGGAUAGAGCAAUAUUUGUCUUAUAGUUUCAUAUAUAUAAUAUAUAACUAUUUUUUGUAUCUUGAAUCAGAGUUUUUCCCAAAAGAUUAUUGGGGUUAAGGCAGACCUUUAUAUAUUGUAUAUUACUUUUGUAUUCAUGUGUAUACGUGCAGAGGCAGAAUUUUGA